UCCCUUUUUUUUUGGGGGGGGGGCCAAAUCUUCAAUCAACUUCCUCUAUCUCCACGUCCUUCUCCUUCCCAUUUCUCUCUCCAACACAACAAAUAAAAAAAAUAAAAAAUAAAAAUUUCCACAUAUUAGUAUUCUGCAGUAUUUUUGCCUGCAAACCCAGUUUUUAUUUUUCUAUACUUGUUAAUUGAUGCAACAUUAGCUUCUUUUUUUCUAGUAGUUAGUAGUUAGAGCUCUACUCCAUUGGGCUGCCUUUUUUCUUUGGUUUGCAUUACACUCCAGUUCCACACUUCCAUCUUAAUGCAUUGUAUAAAGUUUAGAUUUUUAUUCUUCCAUGUCAUGUUUUCUUGCUUUCUUGAACUGGGAUAUUCUUGAAAGUUUUAAAUGCUUCAUUAUGAAAUUUCUGGAACUUAUAGUUAUAUUUGCACUACUUUCAAGAUUUUCUCAAAUGGGGUUACCCAAAAUUUGAGGUACUAUGGACUAUACACAAUCUUUUAAUUUUUUUCAGUUUUUGAAACUCAAGAUUUGUAAAAUUGUGAAAGUGUUGAGCUUAAUUUAUAUUACUAUAUUAGAAAGUUGUUUGUAGUACAGUUAAAGCUUCCUUGUAUAUUUGUUUGUCCAUUUACUUACAAGAUUUUAGCUGUCAUUUCUUAGGUAAACGUCACAUUUUCUUGCAAGUGAAUUUAGGCUGGGGAAUAUAGAGUACUUUUGAGCAUUUUGCCAAAUGUCAUAUUUUGUUGGUUUUGCUUAUCUUGCUGAUGUUGCUUAUUGUUAUUUUUACAAAUUAUAAGUGUACAUUGAAUUUGAGGAAUAGUGAUAAGGUACAUUAUAAGAAUUUUGGAUUACAUUUGAGGUUCACUAGAUUACAAGUUUUUCCAGUGGGGAUUGUGCGUAGCGAUGCAAACCGAAUAAAUAGAGGCUUUUGUCCCAUCUAUUUUACUGGCAUUGAUGGUUUUCGGUUAAAAAUAGCAUAAAUAAGGGUUUCAAGGAUUUUCUGAGGUAUUAAGAGCCAAGAAGUCCUUGUGCUUUAGAAAAUGGGGCAGUAUGCACCUGUCUGGGAUCAUAAAGCGGCGGUGGAACUAACAAAAAAGUUGAGUGGGAUUAAUCAGGUCACGCUUCGCAAUCCUAAGGGUGCAUCUGUUCGGGUUAGCUUGCUGGGAGGACAAGUUACUUCUUGGCGGAAUGAUCGAGGUGAAGAGCUCCUCUUCUCCAGCAGUAAGGCCAUCCCCAAAUCUUCGAAAGCUGCACGAGGAGGAAUCUCUGUUUCCUUUCCCCAGUAUGGAAAUAGUGGAUCAGUUGAGCAACAUGGAUUUGCCAGAAACAUAAUUUGGACCAUUGAAGACGACCCUCCAUCUCUGAAAUCAUUUGAUACCCAAGGACAAUCUUUCAUUGACUUGCUGCUCAAACUAUCAGAAGAUGAGCUGAAGUUCUCUCCUCAUGUCUUUGAGUUUCGCCUUCGGGUUGCUCUUGCAUCAGAUGGAAGCUUGUCCCUGAUAUCUCGUAUAAGAAACAUCAAUAGCAAGCCAUUCAAAUUCGCCUUUGCUUACCAAACAUAUUUUUCUGUUUCUAACAUUAGCGAAGUGCGCCUAGAAGGUUUGGAAACACUGGACUAUCGUGACAAUCUAUGCCCGAAAGAACUCUUUACAGAACAAGGAGAUGCCAUAACAUUUGAGACUGAGGUGGACCGCGUCUAUCAUCGUUCUCCUUAUUGCAUUGCUGUUCUUGAUCAUGAAAGGAAGCGAACAUAUCUGAUAAAAAAGGAAGGGCUACCAGAUACUGUGGUAUGGAACCCCUGGCAAAAGAAAUCCAAAGCAAUGGGAGACCUUGGCAAUGAAGAGUACAAGCAUAUGCUUUGUGUUGAUGGUGCAGCAAUUGAAAAGCCCAUCAUCUUGAAGCCGGGAAAGGAAUGGGCAGGUCGCGUGGAGCUUGUGGUGGUACCAUCAACCCUUUACAGCGACGAUUUUUAGUCCCUCAUAGUCUGGCCGAAAGCAUUUUAGAAAUGUCUCAAUAGCUUAGUGAGAGCGUAAUCUUUUAAGCUAGUUUCUGUUUUCGCUAGCGGGUGAUCCAUUUGCUCGUGUAGUUAGGUUCUUUCAUACAUGACUAGGGUCAAUAAACUAUUGUCCUUCGACAGCCAAAGCUUCUAUGCUUUGGAAGAGGGGAAGUUUUUAAACUAAAAUUGUUCCAUUUCAGCACAAUAUUGCUGUUUGUGCUAUUGAAAUGAGAAGUGAAGGAUUCAUA